ACUCGAUUGCGAAGAUCUGGGAUUCCCUGUUUCAUUUGAUCGCUCGACGACAUGAAAUCUUUCUUGAUUUUCGUGGCUCUCGUGUUUUGCAGCUUUGCGGGUGCUGCUACAGGUGCAGAAGUAUGCCGCGUUGACCCCGACACCAAAUCCGAUUUCCAAAUUAUCGACAAAAACACCGGCGUGCCGCUGGUCAAUGACAAAGGCGUGCUCAAGGUUGCCAGCAAGCCGGUUAACCUCAGUGUCGCUGGCACAUUUCAUUUCGAAAAGAUAAAGGGAGCACCUCCUCGGGUUUAUGACUUGAUUUACGCCGCGAAAGGGUCUUCUCCCCUGUAUCUGGCGCUGACGAAGUCCGGAAAGGUGCUGCUCGAGAAGGCAAGUUCCGCGGGCCAGAAAUAUGUCAGUCCUCCGGGGGGCAAGGGAGAAGCCUACAUAACAUCAAUCUGGACUGCCCAGUGCGAUGGAUCCAUGAAUGCAGGCACCGUCAAGAAUGGAACAAUCCAGUUCCAUGUGUCGAACGGGCAGGUUGUGGCAGGCAGCGCGCCUACCAAACGUUUCCAGUUCAGCAAACUCAACUGGGCGCUGGUCACUCCCCUUGCUUUCAAUAUUCUCAAUAUCAAGGAGGAUGUACAGCCAUUCAAGGACGAGCCACGAUGUCCCCAGGCGGAUUUGACGCCUGCUCUGCGGGCUGGUGCGCGUGAGGCCGGCGUCAAUGGCUGUGGGUCGGGCUGGGUGAAGACCUGUCUCAAGUUUCCGCCCGAUCUGGACUUCAAGUCUUGUUGUGACGACCAUGACCGCUGUUACGAUGACUGCAGUCAAGGCUGGGUCGCGUGCAAUGUCAAGUUCGGGAACUGCAUGGUCAAUCAAUGCAAGACACUCUAUCCCGAUUCCAUGUUCGACAGGUUCCGAUGCGAGGCCCUGGCCGCGACCUAUUUCGACUUUGUUUCCAGCUCCACGGGCCGCGAUGCGUUCCACGAAGCAACGAAUGACAGAUGCAUCUGUAAAUGUCCUGAUCCAGAUAAGACAUAUUGCUCCUCGAAUGGUUGCGUGGAUGUGCAGACAGACUCAUCCAACUGCGGUGCUUGCGGCCUCACGUGUACCAACGGCCUCCCUUGCGUGGACGGCGAGUGCGCGUGUCCUGCUGCGACCCCUGACUGGUGCUCCAGUGGCUGCGUCGAUUUCCAGACAGACACAAGCAACUGUGGAGAGUGCGGCAACGUGUGCGCGAACAAGUGCGUGAACGGCACUUGCACAACCACGACGACAACCAAGCCCCAUACCACGACGACUCCGGCACCGGUCGCCAGCUCAACCCUUAAACCGUGGGUCUUCAAGCUGACGACUAACAGCAAUGGCAAUGUCUACCAGGAGGAGCCCGCUCAUCUCUAUUCCGAGUCCGACACAUACCUCCUCCAAUCCAACGGGCAUCUCACUGUCAACACCGCCUGCCUCACCGUCUUCUCCACCGGCGAAUCAGACCGAUGGCUUGACGUGGGGACGGACGGUGGCAACGCUCUUGCCAGCGGAGACCCAUUCUACUUCGGCUAUGGUCAGGGCGCCAAGGAGGAUUCAUGUUGCUUGACAUACUUUUCAGGUGAAGAAUGCAACAAAGCCACGGACAAGUUUGUCACGGUGUGUGGCGCUGGGGAGGGCAAGCUCAAGUUCCAGGCUCCAUCGUGGUACGUGAGAAACUGCACUCUGGGAUUCCAACCCUCAGGGGCCAGCACCACAAGCUCCAGAUAUCUGUAUGGAUCCGGAGGUGAUGUGACGAGUACGGCAAGUUGAGAAGCUCGAUAGAAAACAGCAAAUCGUG